UUCAUACACCUCUAUUAAGCUUGAUUAUUAGUAUUAUUUGACGUCUAGACGACCAACUAAUAUGGCUCUUAUGGUACAUGAUAUGACUCCCCUAGUGUUAAACGUAACACGAGGCGAGCCAGAGCUAGUGUGCCCGGCUGAGCCUACACCAAGGGAGCUAAAACCGCUCUCGGAUAUUGAUGACCAAGAGGGUCUUCGAUUCCAUAUGCCGGGCAUAAUGUUUUAUAGGGCUGAUCCCUCCAUGGAGGGGAAAUACCCGGUGAAGGUGGUAAAGGAUGCUUUGGCUAAGGCUCUUGUGGUUUUCUACCCUUAUGCUGGUCGGUUAGUAGAAGGGCCGAAUAGGAAGCUAAGUGUCGAGUGCACGGGUGAGGGUGUACCCUUCAUCGAGGCUAGGGCGGAUGCAAUGCUUGAAGAUUUUGGAGAUGAAAUUCAUCCUCCAUUUCCUUUGGAGGAUUUGCUUUAUGACAUUCCUGGUACUAAUGGAAUGCUUGGCACCCCCUUGCUAAUAAUCCAGGUAACUCGUCUAAGAUGCGGAGGAUUCAUAGUGGCCCUUCGAGUAAACCAUGUUAUCAACGACGGUAGUGGCAUAAUGCAGCUAAUGAACGCUAUAGGUGAGAUAGGGAGGGGCUUUGCCACCCCAACCAUCCUCCCCGUUUGGGAUCGCGAACGCUUAACUGCUAGAGACUCCCCAAAAGUCACCUUUCCCCACCCUGAGUACGACCAACAUCAAGUUAUCAACCACCAAUCCAAUGAUCAACUCGAGCUAAUCCAACAGUCCUUCCUCUUUGGACCUACCGAGCUUGCUGCCCUACGCCGCCAUGUCGCUCCUCAAACUAAACAAUUCUCCUCCUUCGACAUCAUAUGUGCCUCCUUGUGGCGUUGUCGAACCAUAGCCCUUACACUCGACCCUGGUCAAGAGGUACGUCUACUCUUUGCUGUGAACGCGAGGAAUAAAUUUAAUCCUCCACUAGCUAAGGGAUACUACGGGAAUGCAUGUGCAUUUCCGGCUAUCUGUGCUAAAGCAGGGGAUAUAUGUAACAACAAAGUUGGAUUUAUUUUAGAACGAAUAAGGAACACUAAAAAUGAAGUGAAUGAGGAAUAUAUGAGAUCUAUUAUGGACCUUAUGGUAACAAAAGAUAGGCCAGAAUUUACCGUGCAUCAGUCUUACGUGGUGUCGGACCUUAGGCAUUUAGGGUUUGCAGACGUUGAUUUCGGAUGGGGGAAGCCGGUUUUCGGAGGGCCGGCAAGUAAUGGUUCGGUCCCGGAUGCAAGCUUCUUUAUAUCCUUUAAGAACAAGAAAGGGGAGACUAUGAUUAUGGUGCCCAUUUCCUUGCCUCCGUCUAAAAUGGAUGUUUUUGUUAAGGAAUUGCAGGAGAUGCUCCAAGUUCAUCCAUAAGAAAAGUUCUCUAAAAAAAACAGUUGUACGUUAAUUUAUUGUAAGACGGCUAUAGUUAAAGUUA